GACUUAACACCACACAGAGCUGAACAUCACUGUUUGACGUCCUAUCUCCAAAACCCCAUAUUACAUGGGGUCAUCUCUCGCUAAGUCUCAUACAACUUUAUUUGCAUCUUUCAGAUUAAAUGAAACGAUUUCUGCAUAGUGGGCAAGCAUUGAAAUUUGACAUUUACAAAUUGGCUGUGUUUUAGAAACCAACAGUACAGUAUCUCGCUGGUACUCUGGCCUGUGGGGUCGACAGAUCUCACAACCCACAGAUAGAACAGUUAAGGGUGAUGAGCCAGGCCCAAGUGAGGUGGAAGGUAAAGAAUCUGGUAUUGUGAGAACCACUCCUGAUAACUCCAGCAUUACAGGACAACAGAAUAUAAAACCGAUACAGAGGACAGUCAGUUCUGGUCAAUUAGACCACAGACCCCAAGAAAUUAUAGAAACUGGCAGUAUGGGAUCUCACUGGUACUCUGGCAUCUGGGGCCGACAGAACAUACAACCCUCAGAUAGAACAGUUAAGGCUGGUCAAAUAGAAAUUGAAGAAACUGGCAGCAUGCAAACAGCAGAUUUGGCCACCAUAGAUGGACAGAACUUACACAAUACAGGCAAAGUGGUCGAUGUUAAUCAGAGAGAUUCCAGACCAGGAGUGAUUAAAGAAACUGGCGGGGUGAGACCCACGGAUCAAAUUUUGGUGAAACAGAAAUCAGAACCUACGGUGAAUGCAGCUAACAGUGCCCGACUUGACCCAAGCCAGAGAGAAACUAAAGGAACUAGCAGGGAAUCUCACUGGUACUCUGGCAUCUGGGGUAGACAGAUCUCACAGCCCACAGAUAGGGCAGUCAUAAGGGCUGAUCAACCGGGCCCUAGUCAGGCAGAAGAAACAGGCAGUGUGGGAUCCACUCCUGAUAACUAUGGCAUCACAGGAGGACAGACUGUAAGACCAAUGGACAGAACAGCCAACAAUAACUCAAGGCAGCAAGAAAUCAAAGAAACGGUCAGUGUGCGAUCUACUCAGAGUAACUCCGGUAUCGCGGGCAAGCCACAGUCAGGAGCAUCAGAUGUUACAGUGGACUCUAUUCCACCAGAAACAAGACAGAGAGAAACUAAAGAAACUGCCACUAUGGGAGCAUCCUGGUACUCAGCCAUCUGGAGCAGACAGAAUGUACAUACUGUAGAAACCACAGAUAGAACAGUUAAGGCAGCUCAACCAGGCCCAAGCCAGGCAGAAGUUACAGAAACUGGCAGUGUGGGAUACAGUCGUAACAGUGUUAGUGCCUCUGGAGGACAGAACUUACAACCAACGGAUAGAAAAAACAGUGAUCAACCGAACCCAAACCAGAGUGAAAUUAGCGAAACUGUUAGUGGAGGGUCGACUAACUUUGAUGCAGACAACUCUGGAGGACAGAACUUAAAAACGCCGGAGAAAAGAGUUAAGUUUGAUCAACUGGAGCCAAGCAAGGGUGAAACUAAACAAACAGGUUGUCUGGGAACAGCUCCCUGGUACUCUUGUAUUCUGAGCCGACAGAACUUACAGUUGAUUGACAGAACAGUGAAGGCUGGUGAAGAAGACCCUGCCCAGGAGGAAAUUAAAGAAAUCACAAAAAAGCAUUGGGUGAAUGCUAAGUCAAGAACGAAGUGUUCUCGUAAACAGUGUCGGAAAAGAUUCAGCUUUGUGGAGAAGCCUCACCACUGCAGAAGGUGUGGUGAGGUGUUCUGUGUGACCUGUGUACAGUGGAGGAGAAAGCUCAAUACCCUGGCUAAACCAGAUCCUGAUGGUAAAGAAUGCCGGGUUUGCCAGGCCUGCUUUGAGGUAGAACCUCAGGAAAUUGGCUGUACGAGGGAUCACAGGGUGGAGUUCCGGGAGGCCAAACUGACGUCUGAGGCUUACCAGAGCGCAAAGGCCGAGAGGCAGAUGCAUAGGGGCUGGAGAAACAGGUUUGAGUUGGAUAUGGAAUGUGCCCGGCUGGUGAAAGGCUUUGGUGAGGAACUUCAGCGCUGGGACAUUGCCAAGGCCCUUGUUGAGAUGAAAAAAAUGAUGGUAGUACCCUACUGGCAAAGGGGAGCUAACUGGCUGCAAGAAGCCACGCGCACAACCUGCGGGUCCUGUGAGACACCAUUCAACCUGCUGUUCAACAAGAAGAGUCACUGUCGAGUUUGUGCCACGGCCGUUUGUUUUAACUGUUCAUCAAGACGACUCAUUGUUUAUGUGCCUAACAGUGAAGUGUCCGGAGAAAGGCGGCCGUGGAAUUGGCUGACAUUAACCCAGGAGUACAGGGAACCCCGUCUGGCUGUUAUAGAAAUAGUUGGAUGCCCUGAAGAAGAGCCGGAGAUUUGUCUCUACCUCAGAGUCUGUGACAGGUGUUUACAGGCCUUGACAGAAAUCCAGGUGCGAGACCAUGGCAUCUCACUGACCGUUCCAGAGGAGGACUUUUUGUCCAGAUUGACCAGUCUGUGGGAGGAGUUCAGCCUAAUACAAGAGAGCAUUGAUGACCGCCUGCACAAGUUCUCCUCUACCAUAGAUUUACUAGAAGACAGCGGUACCAUUAAUGCCAGUGGGGAUGCCAAUAGUCAGGACAUUACGAGGAAGGUGGCUAACCUAGAGAAUGACCUCACAAAUUUCUUCACAGAAUACAGUGUGAAAGUGGAGCAACUUAAGAAGUUCCGACGCGCCCCAAGCUCUCCAGCUCAGGCUAAACUUCUACAAAACUUUAUCAAGACUAAAUAUGACUGA